AUGGUUCAUACAACAUCAAAAAUCGCAGCACUUGUAAAAUUGGGGAAAGUCACUUGUGCACCUAAACCGUUCGAUGAAAUGCCCAAAAGAGACACAGUCGUCUGGAACACAAUGCUCACUUCUUAUACCCAUUUUGGAUCAGGUAAGCUGUGUUAUGGACAAAAGAUCCAUGCAUUGAUUCUUUCUGCUGGAUAUUCUUCUUCACUUCUAGUGAAUAAUGCACUUAUUGAUAUGUAUGGCAAGUGUUUGAGCCCUUGUAGUGCACAUGAUGUGUUUGAAGAAAUUGAGUUGAUCAGAAACAAUGUUUCUUGGUGUUCUUUACUGUUUGCUUAUGUUAACUCCAAUCAAUUUCAAUCUGCCCAAAGUGUUUUUGAGGCUAUGCCAAAUAGGGUGAAUAUUGCUUGGAAUACUCUGAUUGCAGGUCAUGCUCGACAUAGCACUGUCAAUUCUUGUGUUGAUUUGUUCACGAGGAUGAUGAUUGAAUCAUGUGAUCAAAUUCAAGAUCAAUAG